AUGCGCCCCGCGAUGCGCCGCGGCGCCGUGGCGCACGCGUCGGGCAUGCGUAGCGUGUCUGCGAAGGCGUCGUCCCUGGCUGGCCUCGCCGCGCCCCCCGUGCGCGCCGCCCUGGGGCGCUCCGGGCUCAACCGCGCACCGGGUGGGCCGUCCGUGCGCCGCGCGGGCCUGGGGAGCGCCCCGCGGACGUCCCGCGACAGGCGGGAGGAUACCUCAGUCGUCUGUCGCGCCGAGGGCCCGGAAUUCAACCCGCAAAGCGUCACCGUGACGAUCGGGGGCCGCGAGCUCACGCUCGAGACCGGAGAGGUCGGCAGGCAGGCGGAUGGUUCGAUCAUGGCCACCGAGGGGGAGACCGUCAUCCUGACGACGGCCUGCGCGGGCAACGCCAUGGGCGACGGCAGCUUCGUGCCCUUCCAGGUCCAGUACCAGGAGCGGUUCUCCGCGGCCGGGCGCACGUCGGGCGGCUUCAUCAAGCGCGACGGCAAGGCCAAGGAUCCCGAGGUGCUGACGUCGCGGCUGAUCGACCGCCCCCUGCGGCCGCUGUUCGACGAGGGCUGGCAGUUCGACACGCAGGUGCUGUCGUGGGUGCUGUCGUACGACGACACCGCCGCGCCGGAGCCGAUGGCCAUCACGGCGGCGGCGACGUCGCUGCUGAUCAGCAGCAUCCCGUUCCGCAAGUCCGUGGUGGGCGUGCGCGUGGGGAUGGACCGGGAGAGCGGCGCGUUCAUCGUGAACCCGACGACGGAGCAGAUGCGGGACUCCCCCCUGGAUCUGAUGCUGGCGGGGACGCGGGACGCGAUCUUGAUGAUCGAGGGUUACUGCGAGCUGCUGACGGAGGCGCAGAUGCUGGAGGCGAUCGAGAGCGGGCACGCGGAGAUCUCGCGCGUCGCGAAGGAGAUCGAGGCGUGGGCUGCGGGCGUGGGCAAGGAGAAGCGCCAGGACGGGUGGAAGCAGAACGAGGAGCUGCAGCGCAAGGUGGAGGAGAUGGCGGCGGAGGAGUUCCGGAAGAUCUACAAGGGGCCGAACCAGAAGAAGGUCCGCGCGAAGGCCAUCCGGCAGCUGAAGGAGUCCGUCACGCAGAAGCUGACUCCGUUCGUGGUGCAAGAGAACCUCCCGUCUGACCCCGAGGCCCUCGCGUUCCUCGCAAUGGAGCACGUCGCGGUCGAGGACAUGGACGAGGACGACAUUUUGACCGACGACGAGGAGAAGCCGGCCGCGGAGAGCGUCCCGCCGGACUUCUCGAUCGACUCGAUGACCGACAUCAAGAUUGCCCUCAAGAAGUGCGAGUCGAGCGUGAUGCGCAGCCUCGUCCUGGAGGAGGGCCUGCGCGCGGACGGGCGCGACAUCACGGCGAUCCGCCCCAUCGCGGCGCGCUGCGGCCUCCUCCCGCGCACGCACGGCUCCGCGCUGUUCACGCGCGGCGAGACGCAGAGCAUCGCCGUGUGCACGCUCGGCGACAAGAGCUCGGCGCAGCGGCUGGACUCGAUGCAGCUCGACGCGCAGGACUGGGAGGCGGAGCACUCGCGGUUCAUGCUGCAGUAUUUCUUCCCGCCGUCGAGCGUGGGCGAGACGGGGCGCUUCGGGCCGCCGGGGCGGCGCGAGAUGGGCCACGGGAAGCUGGCGGAGCGCGCGCUGGUGCCGGUGCUGCCGGACGGGGACGACUUUCCGUACGUGAUGCGCGUGGAGUCGACGAUCACGGAGUCGAACGGGUCGUCGUCGAUGGCGUCGGUGUGCGGGGGGUGCCUCGCGCUGCAGGACGCGGGCGUGCCGAUCAAGGCGCCCGUGGCGGGCGUGGCGAUGGGGCUCGUGCUGGAGCCGGACGGGCGCUUCACGGUGCUGUCGGACAUCCUUGGUUCGGAGGACGCGCUGGGAGAUAUGGAUUUCAAGGUUGCGGGGACCAUGGACGCGGUGACGGCGUUCCAGAUGGACAUCAAGGUCGAGGGCAUCACGGUCGACAUCAUGCGCCAGGCGCUCGAGCAGGCGCGCGUCGGGCGCCGGCAUAUCAUCGAGGAGAUGUCCAAAGCAGACCCCCCCCCCAAGAACGAGAUGUCCGACCGGACCCCGCGCCUCGCGCGGCUCGCGAUGCCCGCCGCGAAGAUCCCCGCGCUGAUCGGACCGCAGGGCAAGAUCAUCAAGGCGCUCACCGCCGCCGCGGGCGUCUCCAGCAUCCAAAUGGACCAGGAUUUGGAGACGUGCGAGAUCUGCGCGCCGGACCGCGCCAGCCUCGAGAGGGCGCUGAACCUGAUCCAGGUCAUGACGGCGGAGCCGCAGCCGGGCCAGAUUUACCGCAACGCGCGCGUGGACGGCGUGUCGGCGUUCGGAGUGUUUGUGGAGAUCCUGCCCGGGAAGAGCGGGCUGGUGCACAUCUCGGAGCUCGACACGUCGCACGUCGCGGACGCCGGCGAGAUGUUUGAGAAGGGGGACAAGAUGGACGUGAUGCUGAUGGAGAUCCUCGACAACGGCAAGAUGAAGCUGUCGCGGAAGGAGGUGCUGCAGCACGACAAGAAGGGCACGCCGACGAGCCCCGAGCUCGACGCGAGCCUCGCGUUCGAGGCCAUGCCGGCCGUGGAGGGCCGCGGUGGCAACGGCCGCGGCGGCGGGGGCGACGGGAACGGGCGCAACAAGCAGCGGGAGAAGCCCAAGGAGAAGGUGCCGGAGAAGACGCCGCCGCCGCCGCUGGCUGGGCCCCCGAAGCGCGAGUAG